AUGAAGUCGAAUAUGGGGAAGACAGCGUUGCUGCUGGUGUCGUCGCUGGCACUCUCACUCCAGGCUACCACGAAUGACGAUCCAUGUGCCGUCGUAGCAUCAGAGUUCGCAAAGUCACAAGGCGCCGAUGCCAUCGACGCCAACUUGGCCCAAUCCUGCCUCACGGCCAUCCCACUGCACAAAGACGACGCCCUCGACACCGUCGCCCAGCUCCGCCUCUUCCUCCAGUUCUACUCGGCCCAAACAUACUUCGCGCACCCGCCCACGCCGCAGCUCGAGCUCACGGCCGUGGACCUGAACGCCACGCUCGAGGCCAUGGAGGCGAACAUCACCUCGGGCGCCUACGAGAACAACUACGCCUUCGACAAGGCCAUCCACAACCUGUUUGGGCUCUACCGCGACGGCCACGUCGUCUACGAGUCUGCGUGCUACAUGCCCUUCAUGUUUGAGAACGGCCACCCAAUCGUGUCCGUCGCAAACACAUCCACCGAGAUGCCGUCGAUCCACCACCUCGAGGUCUUCUCCGACGGCUUCACCGUCGGUGAGAAGGUGGACAAGAUCAACGGCAUGGACGCAAAGGACUACCUCAUGAAGAUGGCAAACGAGCAUCCAGAGCCCUACUGGGUCGACCCCGACGCACGCUACAACCAGCUCCUCGUCGGCACGUCCAACGGCCAGACCACGAAGGGCCUCUUCGCCGCACGCAGCGUCUACACCGAAGAGACACUCACCCUCACCUACGCCAACGGCACCAGCGCCGAGCUGACAUGGUCGGCCUCCCUGCGCGGCUCGCUCGACGCCAGCUCCUGGGACUCCACAGACUCGUUCUACACGAACGUGUGCCGGCGCUCCAAGGACGAGAUCGAGAAGGUAUACGCAGAUAUGCAGAACACCGAGCUGACGCAGAACACAAUGCCCUCCGGGCUCUCCAUCCGCGACGACUCUGUCAAGAACAAGCCGCGCAGCGAGCUCCCGGCCAGUGUGGCAGGGCUAGUCCGCCGCGGGGAUGCCGUCCCGACGCCGGCGCUGCAGAUGGUCAACGGCGAGAUCAUGCUCUACGUGAUGAACGACCAGGUCGGCGUGCUCGUCAUCAACACGUUCACGCCCAUGAACGGUGGGUCUGAGGAUGGGUUCGUGCACGAGUUCUCGGGCAACAUCACGGCGGCCAUCGAGCACCUCAGCUCCAAGAACAUCAAGCGCAUCGUCAUCGAUGUGUCUGGCAACGGCGGCGGGUUCGUGCGGCUAGGGCGUGACGCCGUGCGCCAGUUCUUCCCCGGAGAGUCGACGUACUUUGCCAGUAACAUGCGGUGGAACCCGGCGCUGGCGACGAUGAUGCUGGACGGGAGCGACACGAAUGCCACGUAUUGGGAUCUGGGGCAGUAUAAGAAGGCGAGUGAUAAUAGCGACUUUAAGGACUGGAACGAGUUCUUGGGGCCCGUGAGUCGCGAUGGGGACUAUUUUACGGUCAUUGCCGUUGAUGAUACGGUUGAGGUUGAGGCAGAGGAUAAUGAGCCGCUGCCGCCUGUGUAUAAGGGCCCGCAGCCGUUUGCAGAUGAGGAUAUCAUUCUUCUCUCAUCCGGCAUGUGCGGUAGCACCUGCGCCGUCUUCUCCGAGGCCUUCGAAAACCACGGCGUCAAAACCGUCACCAUGGGCGGCCGCCCACUCGCAAAGACCAUGCAGACCGUCGGCGGUAUCAAGGGCUCGCAAGUCCUCACCUUCGACGACAUCGCCGGCUGGGCGUGGGGCCUGCUCGGUGACAAGGUCACUACCUUCGACUACAUCCCCGCCGUCUUCACCGUAAACACCUUCGGGACCGCAUCCGUCAACCUACGCAACUCAUGGCGCAAGGCCGACCAGGACCGCCCCAUCGAGUUCCUGUACACCCCGUCCAUGUACCGUCUCAUGUACACAGAUGAAAUGGUGGUCAACGUCACGGCCAAGUGGGAGGCCGCCGCGGACGCGGUCUGGGGCGACAACCAGGACUUUUACGAUGCAAAUAGCGUGAGCGGCUAUGCGGACCGCAGUGGCAAGGAUGCCGGCGGCGGAAAGUUCGGGCGGUUUAAGAACCUGGGACACCUCAUUUGGAGUAAGGUUAAUGGGAAUGAUGAGUUGUGA